AUGACUAGCUUCGAUGAACCUCUCCCCACCAUAGGGAAGUCUGCAGUUGAUUUACUGAGCGCAAUUCGGCCGCAAUGUACCCUUCUUCGCGGCACGCCUGAAUAUGAAAACGCGCGCAACGGAUACUGGGCGGCUGAGCAGGCCCGCUGUACCCCAUACUGCAUCUUCCAACCCACCAAUGCGGAGGAUGUGUCGCACGCAGUCAAUGUACUACGGGAAACAGGGUGUGCUUUUGGAAUCAAGAGCGGCGGACACGGCCGAUGUGAGGGAGAGUCCUCCAUCUCAGCUGGGGUUCUCAUUGACUUGAAGACGUUGGAUGAGAUUAGGCUCUUCGACGAUAAGACGUCUUGUCGCGUUGGUCCAGGCAAUACCUGGGCGAAUGUUUAUGGGACGCUCAAUCCGCAGGGGCUGACGGUUAUUGGGGGGCGGGCGUCCACAGUAGGAGUGGGGGGGUUUUGCGUUUCGGGUGGCAUCUCAUUCUUCUCCAACCGCCACGGCUGGGCCCUCGACAAUAUACGCUCUUUCGAGGUCGUCCUAGCGGACGGUCGCAUCGUUACCGCCAGCCCGUCGUCGAACCCGGACCUUUACAAAGCCCUGCGCGGCGGCGGCGCCAAUUUCGGCAUCGUCACCAGCUUCGAUCUUAUGGUACACCCGUACCAAGGCAUGUGGGGUGGCGGCAUUAAUUGGACCUGGGAGCACGGGGACGCCAUCAUCGACACCUUUAUCGAUUACGGUAAUGACAAUGUACACAAUGUCGACGCCUCUGUGCUGAUUGGGGUGAUCAACUACAACGGAACUUGGGUCUGGCACGCGGAUAUCGAGCACCUCAUGCCUACACCGGCGGACAAAAAUCCCGCACUGAAACGCCUCCUCGACAUCCCUGCCGUCAGCGAUUUUACAGGGCCGACGAGCCAGAUCCAGCGUACGGACAGCAUCCUGGACCAUUACCCUCCCGGCUCCUAUAACGGGUACUGGACCUUCUGCACAAAGGUGGACAAACGGCUCAUUAAGAUAUUUAUGGAGACCUGGCGAGAGGAGAUCGAUCCCAUUCUCCACAUUGAAGGAAUCGAGAGGUCCGCUCUGGCAGAUAUAAACUUUGUCUCGGGGAAUAUCAUUAACGCCAUGCGAAGGAAUGGCGGCAAUGCGCUCGGGGUUGUGGAUCAGGGUCCCUUCCUCGUCUUCCUUAUGGAGCCGUUCUGGAUCAACGCAGUUGAUAGUCCGAGCGUGUGGAAGGCGAUGAAGACCACGGCGACAAAGACGCAGGACGAGGCAAAACGUCUGGGUCUGCAUCACGAGUAUAUUUACUUGAAUUAUGCGAAUCCAUUCCAGGAUGUGUACGGCGGGUACGGAGAGAAGGCAAAACGUUUCCUCAUGGAGGUCAGCAGCAAAUAUGAUCCCGACGGAUUCUUCCAGGCACAGCGCGGUGCGGGUUGGGAUCUUCGUGGGCCGAUGAUGCCGUCGUCGAGGAUGUAA